CUCUCGCCCACCUAGCUGAGAGGACGUGUGUACGCCUCUCAGUUCCUCUCUCUGCAGCGGUAACAGACGUGUUGGUUGGCUGCGGCUGACUGUGCGUGCGUGCGUGCGUGUGCGAGUGCGUGUCCGUUGCUUGUCAUUACUGUGCUUGCUUCUCUGACCUGCUCUCCUCGCAAAGUCCAAGUUGCUGCGCCGGGGGAGAGGAGCUGGUGGCACUGGUAAUGGACUUCUGUGGCUGCUUUCAAUAAACUUCAUUCAAGCUUUGAUUAGUUUGUCUUCGUGUCUCUCGGUGGUUGUGACUGGCUGUUAUUGUGGUGGUGGUUGUUGUGAGUGGUGGUGCCUCCCCGUGACUUCAACACACACAGACGCUCACACGGAUUGCAACCUUUGUGCAUUGUGAGGGAGUUUCAAUUGGGAAAGUUUGGAAGACAGAAAAAGAGAAACAGAACUGAAGUAGUGUCAGGAGGUAUAGAAUUAUCUCAACCACCCACGACCUCCUCACCCCGUCACCCUCGUCACUCCAUCAACCAAUUGCAGUCCAUUUCCCUCCCUGUGCUCCUCUCACGCCCCCUAGUCUUACCAUGGGCACCAGAAACCUCCCCCCGAAGGCGUGGAUGCUGGGGGCGUCACCUGAGCUCCCCGCCACACAGAGCACCGGCGAGGAGAGCGAGGUCACGCUGCCCACCUGCAUCCCGGUGCCCGACGACCAGCCAGAGACGUCCCCGGUCGUCCUCAGCGGCUUCAAGGGACAGCUGGACUCUGCCGUCUCUCAGUAUAUCUCGCAGGUCAAGGAUCUCGGCUUCAAGGACGAGCCAGCCAAGGAUCACAAACUCCUCGCCGUCAAGUUCCAGCUUGACGCACAGGACAUCAGUCUCAAGGACGAGGAAGUGGACGGGGUGAAAGAGAUCCUGAAGGAAGACAAGGGACAGCAGACACAGCUGGAAGAGGAAGAAGACAUAGAUGAAGAAGCGUUAGAUGUGUUGGAGGAGGAGGUGCCUUCCCUGGACAACCCGCUGUAUCUCACCCUCAGCGAAUGUAACUCUGGCCUCCUUGACCCCUUCGAGGAGCCAGGGUCGGUACACUUCUACGAGAACAGCCGCGUGCUAAGAGAGGACGAACACAUCUACGAGAACGUGGACAACUCUGCCGGGGAGUACGACACAUCAGAGAGUGAGGAGCACCUGUACGACACCUUGCCAAGGCACAAGCCUCACGUGCCGCCCAAGCCAGACUUCCUGUCGCAGCUAGCGGCGCGGCAGAGUGAGCCCGUCAAGCGUGCCUGGAAUCCCUUUGUCAGCCUGAGUGUGGAGACUGGCGACACGCCGCCGCUCAGCACCGCCUCCUCCCUCUCCUCGCCGGACUCCAGCCACACGGACGAGAGCAGCCCCGCCCGCACCGACACCAACCCGUUCAGGUCCUCAGGCCCGCGGGACACCAGCGAGCAGACGCUUCUCCUCGAGGGAUCGGAAACCUCAGACUUGGGAUCCUCUGGAGGAGAGUAUGACGUGGUGUCUGUAGAGGACUGGCCGCUGCCACCCACGCCCCCGCCCAGUGAAGAAGUGAUCGCCGAGCAGGAACCCUUACCUCCACCACCUCCAGAAAUAGCCCUUCAGCAGCUGGAGGAAGAAGUGCUUCGACAAGAGGAGGAGGACAGGAAGCUUGCGCUGCAGAAGGCCAAGAAGGUGAUUGAGCGAGAGUACGGCCGCAAGGCGCAGCAGCAGGAUCUUGCUGAUCGUGUGGAGGCCGUCAACACUUCCCUGCAGGAGAGAUUGAAAGCGGGUAAGGUAAGGAAGCCCGUAAAGCAGCCCAAGAUCAUCCAGAUUGACGAGGACGAUAGUGAGGAGUUUGAGACCCCGGCCAUCAGGCACUCUGUCAUCAUCGAGCUCAAGGACUCCCUCCUUGACACGCCCAAGAGCCUCAAGCCCUCAGAGGUGCGCCGGGAGAGCAUUAGACGCAGCCAGAGCCUCAAGUACUCCGGUGUGGUCAGGAGGUCAACAAACGGCAGAGUAACCCGGCGGGAAUCCCUCACACAGAUUUUCCCAAGCCUCCAGGACCAACUGGGCAAGCCAGACCCUCCCAAGGAUCCCGCCACACAGGAAGCAGCAGCAGCAGCAGACAGGAAGGACGCGUCUUUGGACUCGUCCAUCUCAAGUGUUGCCGACAGUGUCAUCGACACCUCGAGUGACUCAUCUUGCGAGAUGAAGGACACAGUUGUGGAUGACGCGACUCCUGUUGGCGGACGUGACCCCUUCACGGGCAGCCCCGUCACAGCGCCGCCCCUCAGCCCUGUGCCCAUCGCCGCCCCACCAGCAGAGUUCCAGAAUGAAGACGGCACGGAUGGCGUGUACAGCGCCAGCGUAGUCAGCAUUCACUCUGGGCCUUCGUCCCUGGCCAGCGGCGCUCCUGACUCUCUACGGAGUGAAGCAAGCGUCGCCGAGGCCGUCCCGGGACCAGACACCAUCCCUGAGGAGCCUCCCUUUGACUCCAUGGAGCCAGACUCACUGAUGUCUGAAUGCGAGUCGCCGCGAGGUAAGGAGGCGAGAGUCGGAGUUCAGUCCUCAAGGAACAUUGGCGCCGCCAUCAUGGAGCGACACGAGAUAGACCUGCAGAAGAAGCGAGAGAAUCUGAAUCUGCCGGAACACUCGCUGCUGGAGUUCGGGGACACCGUGCGUGACCUGGAGCAGCAGCGACGCUCCGUCAUCAAGCAGAUGACGGUAAAGGCCAAGCGCAAGGACACGUGGAUCAAGACCUUCAACAUGCAUGACCAGGGCAAGGAGGAAUUCAUUCCUGUCGCCCCCUCACGCUCCAGAAGAAAGAAUUCCCCAUGUCGCCCCGCAGAGCCUGACCUUCCCGCCGCAGAGCCAAAGCCAACAGUCUCUUCAGCGCCUCAGAGUCGUGUCUUCAAUUGUUUCCAGCAACAACAAACCACUGACGAGACUCCUGUCAUUCCUCCUAAGAUGUCUCGCAAGAAAAAAGCUGCAGCGGAGGCACAGCUGCCUCCUGCCGUCGCAGAGGAGCACGUCAUUUCCCCCAAGAACACAGAGGUGCUCGCCGCCAUAUUUUCCUCUCCUGUAAAGACUUCUAAGGAUAUUGAGGAAACACGGAACAUGUCUAGUCUGGAGCCGGAGCUUGUCAGACUGGAAAAGGAAGCCUGGGAAGAACCAACAGUGAAUGAUGAAACACCCACAUGCACUCUGCUGAAUGCUCCUGACGUCCAGACCAGCGAGGAGAGCGAGGUCGCUGACGAGGCCAAGGAAACAGCAACCCUCCUGCCGGACCUCUCUUCCAUGCUCGUCCCUGUCCUCGCCCCUGCACCUACCCCAUCAUUGACCCCUGCACCCGCACCUGCAUUUGACCCUGCACCUGCCCCUGACUUCCCCGCCGAUCCUGAAACUCUUCCAGAUCCUGAAACCUUUCCUGCUCUUGAAACCUUCCCCGCUGCUCCUGAAAACUUCCCUGCUCCAGAAACCUUGCUCCCUGCUCCUGAAACCUUCCCUGCUCCCGAAACCUUCUCUGCUCCUGAAACCUUCCCUGCUCCUGAAACCUUCCCUGCUCCUGAAAUUUUCCCAGCUGCUCCUGAAACCUUCCCUUCUGCUCCUGAUACUUUCCCGGACCCUAAAAUUCUCCCAGCUCCUGAAACCUUCCCCCCUCCUGAGCUGGUUGAGUGCCAGGUGUCUGAGAACAAGCAGGAGGAGGUGGUGCCCGCUAGCGAUACUGUUGAUGGCGAGGACUUGAGGGUGAAGGAAAAGAAUGAACUGAACCUCGCCCACAGUGCUAUGGCAGCUGUGUAUCAGAACUCCCAGCAGCAGCAGAAGGAAGAGGCAAAGGACAUCCCACCGCUCGCUCAGGACACGACACUGAGCGAGAAGGCAGCUAACGACCAGCACAACGCCCAAAACCUCGUAGAUGAAGAAGGUGAGCCCCGUGAGCCAGCUCUUCGUGGUGGCGGUGAUGGUGAUGGUGAUGGUGGUGGCGAGGUGGAAUACUUCAGCAUCUUGGACAACAAGAAGGCCACCAAGAACUACUGGGAGGGGCAGAUGCACACCAAGAUGGAUGACGGAGGCUGGGAGAGCGUAGCCAACGUGCGAUUCCAGCCAAUCCCCGGCGUGGUGGAGUCCUCACCGCCGCCUCAGGUGCAGGACGGCCCCGUCGCAGUCCCUCCUCCGCCACAGUUCGACAAUUCCCCGACCGAGUCCGAGGCCUCAUCCCCUCCUUCCUUGGACGAGGCCCCGGCCCCCGCCUUGCCCGAGCCCCGUCCCGCCACGCAGUAUGUGUACGGGGUGACCAACGCCCCGCCACAGGACACGCGCGGCGCUCGCAUUGUGGAGACCGUGGCCAAGAAGCCCGCCUCGCAGGAGAACAUCAUCGAGGCAGAAAUCCGGGCCCAGCAGCAGCGGGAGGACGAGAUGCGGCGUCACCAGACCAUCAAGAGUACAGAGGUGCGGGAAAAGGGAGCUUCUUCCCCCGCCAGCCACGACUCUGAUGAAGGCUUCGUGGAUCGCCUGGAAGUGACGGGACCCCACCCCACCCUCGCCACUGCCCCCGGGUACACGCACACCAUCCCAGGCACUGACGGAGAGCCUGUCAUCUACGACGCCGUCAGCCCGCCGCCCACGGAGUAUCUCUCUGACAGGAGCACACCAACUCCCUCCAACCCGCCGGUCACCACCAUCACCACCGCCGCCACCACUGUCACACCAGUCGCCUCCACCACACCGAACGCCACCGAGGCUAGGAUUGCACUCGAGAUCCGGGAGCUGAAGGAACGUGAGGACGAGCUGCGCCAGAUGAGAGAGGAGCUCAUGUCCUCGAGGGAGAACUUACUGGAUGACGAGGAGGUGCGAAGCUCAGCCUCGAGGGAACAGCUACUCGAGGACCACCUGACUUCCCUCACCACUACUACUGACGAGGGGAACUUUUCCGAGUGUGGCGACCCAGCGUCUUCAGAGGACAAGAGUAGUGAUGGAUCAAACAGCCGCAUGAUGUCCCCAGACCUGCACCACCACCACCACAUUGAAUUCGGCCGGCGAAGAGUGACGGUGAAGCCCUACGAGGAGGAGGAGGAAGAGGACCAGCCUGUGUAUACCAGGAUGCAGAAGGAGUCUGUCAUCGAGAGGGAGAUACGACUGGCGAGGGAAAGAGAGGAGGCGUAUAGACGAGAGAAGGGGCUGCUCAAUGGAUCUGCCCCACCUCGCUCUGUCGCUGCCUCUGCUGCACCCGUCUCCAACACAUCUGCUCCCACUGUUCCUAAACCUCAGACAGAUGGACGGGAUGUGCAACACCGCCUGGCCACCUCCAGAAUCCAGCUUGAGAUUCAGGAGACCAGCCAGAAGGAGAGGGAGCUGAGGGACGCUGGCAAAAUUCUUACUACAUCAGAGGAGACUGUUGAUGCAAAGGUGACCCGCUUGUCUGACUUUAGUGACAUCAGCCAGCCGCUUGAGAGCCCCCGCUCCCAGGCCCUCCCCAGCACCCACCGUGUCAGUGCAAGCACCACCCCUUCCUCCACCCCAAAGCGCUGCCCAUCCCCAAGGAGCCCUGCAUCUCCUGUCCCCAACUUCACCCCGUCCCCAGCCCUCAACCGCAACGGUCUCUCCCGAAGCUUGUCCACCAACAACCUGUCCACCACCUCCACCACCCGCCCACCAAAGGGACUCAUGCAGAAGUUCAUAGCGUCCCGAGGCAAGAUGACAGGGUCUGCCUUCACCUCCCCUCCCCCCACCCUCACCCACACCACCUCCCUUGGCGUGCGCACUCGGCCCAUGAGAGUCGAACCCAAGUCGGCUAUCAUACAGCGAGAGACUCUGGCUAAGAUGAAGCCUGAGUUCACCACUACGAACAGCUCUGCUUCAGAAUCAGUGGUUGCCAGUAGUCAGCCUCCCAAGCAGUAUUACCGCCGCUCCUACUGCACCGCUGAGGAGAAGAUACAGUCAGAGCUGAAGGAGAUGCAAAUGCGGGAAGAGGAGCUAAGGCGCCUGCGGGCCUUCCAGAUGGCUCGGUCACAGCCCAACCUGUUGGAUAUAGGUGGUACUGAAGAUGACCAGGACUUAACAGAGGAAGAGGAAAGCAACCACAGCCUCUCAGAGAUGAACGGCAUCCGGCCCGCCCAGUCCAACCCUAACCUCCUUGAUGAACCUGAACAACCACAGGUCCCAGAUAAGACAGUGAGACGACGCAGCGCGCUCAUCGCCCAGUGGGAAAACCGCAUCCAGCAGACGACAGACACCUGAGCUAAUACUACUGCAGGUGGAGCGUGAAGACUUGUAAAUGUUCAUUGCUGUGAAGCUUACUAUUAUUGAUAAACUACCUAUUUUUGUCCCUUAGUUUAGUUGAAACAAAAGUGCACUUAAUUAAAGUAGAAGCCCAUAUACUGAAGUUAUUACUUCUCUGACAUGCUCAUCUAUAUGAAUGUAGAGCAUGAAAACUAUUACAGGUUACCUUUUUGUACAUGUAUUUUCAUACAGAUAUAUCAUUAUGAAAGAUAGUGAAUACUUAUUAGCAUUACUUGAAUGUUAUACUAAAGAGGGAUAUGAUAAAACAGGUUCAUACUUGUUACAUUUAAGCUCCAGUGACUAAUGAAGAUACCACAUUGAGCUUACUGAGUUCCUGAUGACUAAUUUGAAGCUUACAAUACAAACAUUUUUUGUGUCAAAAUAUGCAUAGUUUUUAAGAUUCACCCAUUUCAGUAUUGUACAUAAAGAAAGGCUUGUUUAGAGGAGAUACAUGCAUGUACCACAUUGUCUAAAUAGACGACAAACUUUCUUUCUGACUGUCAAAUCCCUUUCUUCUUCCAGGAAGCAUUUGGUGCUUGUGUGAGCAAGCAAUGCCAUAUGCUCUCAUCAGGCCAGCCCUUCCUUGGCAGCCCUGUAGGUUGUCACACUGCAGCUACCAUACACUACUACACUGAUAUAUAGACUCUUGUUCACCAGUGAGACUGCAGCCAGACUCUCCCAGUACCCCACACACUCUUUGGUGCCCCUGUCCUGUUCACCUGAUGCCUUAUAGUCAUUAGGAUUCUUGCAUAUCUGUUGCUGUAGCCAUUUCUUGUGAUUAUAUAGUGUGAUACAACUUAUAAGGACACUAAGUAUGUAGUGUGUAUAUAUUAUAUACUUAAAAUAAUAAUCGUGAAUAGCAGGGUAGUGGAAAUCAUCAGAGUAUAUUGGUAUCCUAUAUAAUCUAAAUAUGAGAGUAUUACCGUACUACUUAAUUUCCUCGUUCUCUAAGAGGAACUAAUAACACAUUCCAGGUAUGGUGCUUCCUGUUGACCUGUAAUUAUUGUAUGCAUAUUUUGUGUGCUUUGUUGUAAGUUGCUCACUAGCAGGGUAAUUUAUGUGGCAGGAGAUAAAAGCCUGAAUAGUCUGUAUAUAUAUACUUGUAGAUUAUGCCAUGUUACAAUUAGCAGCAUUACUAUAGAAAUGCAUAGGAGUUUGCUUUUUUUUUUUUUUUUUUUUCUACUCCAGUACUUUUGUUGAUCAUCAAUAAUAACCCUAUGUAUGUUAUUUUAGGAAUAACGUAACAGUAAGGUUGAUACAUACAUUGGAAAAGAACCAAGUCUGCGGGCAAGAUGCAAGGCGAGGCGCGCCUCAACCAGCUGUAUCACUUUGCACAAAUAUAUCUUUACUAAAUGUU